UUUCUGUUUCCCCACUUGCCUGAGUUCUCUUGCCAAGAGACGAUCGGUCAAAUUUCUUAAAAGUGAAAUAAUACAAAGUAUACGACGUUAGUAUAAUACUAGUUUUGCCUAGAUGUCGCUCUCACGCUUGGUUUUUAUAUUAAUAGCGUUUGAGACAGUAACCGAGUAUCACGCACUACCACCAAGCGCAGACAUAAACAUUACUAAAUCAACAUUAGAAAAAAAUCCAUCUCUCAUCUCUAAAUGGAAAGAGAUAAAGAUUAUUUUUCGCCAAACAAAAUAUCAUUGGAAGACCCUGAACGAAUCGGUCAGUUCCAUUCUGGGAAAAAUGUUGCCGAGCUAUAACGACACCGUACAACAAAUUGACAAUAAUUUCAACUUUAUAACAAACGAUGAAUGUUACGAAAAGUAUUCUGCUAAAAUGUCAAAAAAUGAUUAUAGAUUAAUUUUCAAAUUAUCGCAUCAGCCAGUCUGGAAUUUAUUCAAGUAUGUAGACGAUACUCUUUUAUCUAUUGAAUCUCGAUUGUCAGCAUUCGAAGAAUUCAUAAUAUUGGCGGGAAAUUGUGAUAAUAGAGUUCACAACUGUUCCAUGUAUGUUCAUUACCCUGCGGAACUAGAGCUGAACCGAUUGGAUAUGGAAAUAAAUGAUUUGGAAGAGAAAAAAAUCGUCGUGUGGGAAAAGGUUCGGACAGUUACGGAAAAUAACAUUAUCAAUGCACGUAACAUCCGUCAGUUCUUGUAUAUGCAAAAAGUUAAUGUAUUAUGUUGUCAAAUGGGCGACGCCUUGCCAGUUCGAAAUCUGUGCGAUCGGUUGAAAUCAUUUGAAAAUGGCACCCUACUUCAUACUAAAUGAGAUUUUUUUAAAACAUUUUAGUCUUUAAGAAAACAGCAAAAUUAAAAACGACCCUCGAAAAAUAACACUUAGUAGUUUAAUUAUUUCACUUUCAUAAAUAUUAAUAUAUACUAAUAUGGUUAGUCAAGAAAAAAAACAUGUUUUAUGUU